AUGCCGUUUCCUGAAGAUAUUGCUCUGGAGUCACGUGAUAAUCCUCUUAUUAGGGAUGAGAGGAAUUACAAUCGCGAAACUCUUAGAGUUAGAAACGAGCAGAUGUUAGCCACUGUAACCAGCGAACAGAGAAGUGUUUAUGAUGAGAUCCUAGAAGCAGUAAAUAAGAACAAGGGAGGAUCUGCUCUACGUUCCCAAGGUGAUGUUGUUCUUAAUGUUGCAUCGAGUGGGAUUGCUGCGUUGCUAUUAGAAGGAGGCCGAACUACGCAUUCAAGAUUUGCAAUCCCUAUCGUGGCACAUAUUGCCCGUGAUUCCAAAUGCUGGGAAGACAGAGAUACUUAUGGCCACUUUGAAUUCGUCACCUAUGUGAGUCCAAGAAACGAUGAUGUAGAGACGAUAAAUGAUUACAUGCUUUCAAAGUUGUCGGGUGUUGAAAGGACCUAUCUUAGUUGUGAUAGCAUUGAUACGGCUGAAGAAGUUUUGAGAGAGGGUACUCCUGUAAUGCUUCUAAUAAAUAUCGACCCUAAGAAUGGGUUGUGUAAUGGCAUAAGACUCAUCAUUACUAAGAUGGCUAAUUAUGUUCUCCAGGCUCAGAUAAUAACAGGUAGCAAGGUUGGUGACAAAGUACUCAUUCCUAGGAUAUUCCUCUCUCCUUUGGAGAUGAAACUUCCUUUCAGGAUGAGACGCAAGCAGUUUCCUAUCACAUUAGCUUUUGCAAUGACUAUAAACAAAAGCCAAGGACAAACACUCGAAAAGGUUGGUUUGUAUCUUCCAAGGCCGGUAUUUACUCAUGGGCAACUCUAUGUCGCUGUGUCGAGGGUUACAUACAGAGAAGGUUUGAAGAUAUUGAUCACCGAUAAAGACAACAAACCACAAAGCAAAACAUUGAAUGUCGUCUACAAGGAAGUUUUUGACAAGAUAUGA